AUGGCUUCAAACGGCACCGGAGUGAAAAUUAAAGAGACCAAGUCCGCUUGGCGUAAUGGAACCGAGAAUAAUGUCGGUGUUGCUGAACUGUGGAAGGAUUUUACACAAAAUACCGGAUUUCAUGCGUUCAACAAAUUGAAUCCAGGCAGAAGUCUUAACAUUCGAUUUAUCUUAUGGUCACUGGUUAUCAUCGGCAUGUCGGCUUACCUCGUGUAUACAGUUAUUGCCGAACUAAAGAACUACUAUAGUUAUCCAAAGAUGGCAGAGUUCAGAGUCGAAAGGAAACAAGAGGUCGAGUUUCCGGCAGUUACAAUAUGUAACCAGUGUCCAUUGAAUGCUUCUGCCAUGGGUAUGGAUAAAACUCUGAGUAACUACUUCCUUUCCCAAACUGACUUCGGCAUCGCACUUAGGCCAAUCAACUGGAACGACACAACGACGUAUGGCGACUUCUACACUAGUGAACAUUCUCUUGAUUGGUGGAGAGAAAAGUAUGGUAAAAUUGAUGCGCUGGCUGUGAUGUGUAAGUUCCAAGGCGUAUAUAGGCUGUGUUCGGAGAUAUUUCAACCCGUGUUCACCGAGGUGGGGCUGUGCUACACGUUCAAUGGCAAUGUCAGCAACAAACGGAACGUGUCUCUGUCAGGGGCAGACUUCAACUUGGUAGUCCUACUUUUGGUUCAACAACAUGAGUAUGUUUACAAAGAACAAGCGUCUGCUGGUUACAAGGUAAAAUUAUUGUUAGCAAUAUAA